AUGCACAUUGAAAAUUUACCCCUUAAAGAAAGCAUUGAUAAAUUCUAUGAAAUAGAAAGUCUUGGAAUUAGCUGCACACCUAAAUGUGGGAACUGUAAAUGCGGAAAAUGUCCAAUCGGGAACAACAACUAUACUAUUCAGGACGAGAGGGAGUUAAUAAUGAUACGAAACGGGCUCAAUUAUGAUUCUGAAAGUCAAAAGUGGGAAGCAUCGUAUCCAUGGAAAAGGAGUCCAAGUGAAUUGCCUAAUAAUGUUAACUCAGCUAAGGCUAAAUUCUUAUCAACGGAGAAACGCUUGCAUAAGAUGGGACAAAAAUAUAGUGAGUCGUAUCAAAAUCAAAUUGAAGACAUGGUUAAACGGAAUGUAGCCAGGAAAUUGACAGAAAAGGAAAUUCAACAAUAUGAAGGCCCAGUACAUUACAUUCAUCAUCAUGAAGUAUUAAAACCAGAAUCGAAAUCUACACCAAUCAGAAUAGUCUUCAAUUCGUCAGCUUCGUACAUGGGACACGUACCCAACGAAUACUGGGCAAAGGGACCUAAUGUAAUAAAUGAUCUAUUAGGAGUACUUUUGAGAUUUCGUCAGGAGAGAGUAGCCACAGCAGGAGAUAUAUCGAAAAUGUACAAUUCUGUAAACCUGUCUCUACUAGACCAACAUACUCACAGGUUUGUGUGGAAAGAUAUGGAUUCAAGUAAGCUGCCAGACCAUUAUGUAUUACAAACUGUUACAUUUGGAGAUAAACCAAGCGGUGCUAUCGCAACCAUUGCACUUCAAAUGACUGCUGACAUGUGUUCACAUACAUAUCCAGAUACAGCUCAAAUGAUCAACAAAAAUAGCUACGUUGACGACAUUUUGGUGUCAAAAGAAACAAUGAAGGAGGCAAAAAACCUGAUUCAAAACUGA